AUGGCUGAUAUUGGACGGGGGCCCCCCGGGGGGGCCCCUGGCUCUCCCUGCCAUCUGACGGGGCAGCCAACCCUGGCCACUGCAGCGCAGCAGGCAGUAGCAGCAGCAGCAGCUGCUGCUGCUGCUGCUGCUGCGUCGCAGCACAACUCUGGCACAGGUGCCGCAAAUGUUGCGGCUGGAGAAGGCGCUUUGCAGCAGCAGCUGCAGAAGCAACAGGAUGCUGGAAAGCAUCAGCAGCAGCAUGAGCUGCUGCUCCAAAUGAGGAUGCGACUGCAGCAGCAGCAGAAGCAGCAGCAGCAGCAGCAGCAGCAGCAGCACUGUCAGGCAAUGCUGCAAGAGCAAGAUAUCGGAGGAGGUCUCGAGGCUGAGCAGCUUGAGGAACAGCAGCUGCUGCAGCAACAAUUGAUUCAGCAACAGCAACAGCAACUGCUGCAUUUGCGGCAGCAGCAGCAACAACUCCUGCAUCAACAGCAGCUUCCGCAGCAGCAGUUACUGCAGCAGCAGUUGCUGCAGCAGGCACUGGAGCAGCAGCAGCAGCAGCUGCAGCAACAGUCGCAGCAGCGACAGCAAUACCAAAUACUGCAGCACCUGCAGCAGCAGCAGCGCGCGAGGCCCCAGCAGCCAAAUACGGACAGCCACACUCAGCAGCAGCUGCUUCUGCGUCUGCAGCAGCAGCUGCGGCAGCAGCAACUACAGCUGCAGCAGCAACAGCAGCAGCAACGGGCACAGCAGCGGCACCUGCUGCAGCAGCUGCAGCAGCAGGCCACACAGCGGCCACACGCAGCCCAGCAGCAGCAGCAGCUUGAAUGUAAGGUGCAGCAGCAAGAGCCACAAACACAGCAGCUGCAAGAGCAACACCGUGAGCAGCAGCAAGAACAGCAGAAGCGUCAGCAGCAGCAGGAGCUGCAGCAGCAGGAACAGCAGCCGCAGCUGCACCAGCAACAGCAGCUUCAAAAGGAGACGCUGCAGCAGCGUCUCUCUCUGCAGUCAGGUUCCCCGCAGCUGCAAGAGCAGCAGCACAGUUUGCUGCUUGAGGCGCAGCAGCAGCU